UACGGUGCGCAGUGUGAAUUUUGACUGUGUUUCUUUACGUUCGGUGGUUUUCAUAAGUAUCGCGUAAAUUUAUUGCUUUUUACUUCUAAAUAGGUAACUGCCGUUUCCAGUGGUAAUUAGUAGUGCGAUUUGUUUAAUUUCGGUUGUUCAAAGAAAAUAUUGGUUCCUGCAGUGUGUUAAUUUCGCACAAACAGGCAUCUGCCUUUGGAUAUCACAUAUCAUAUAAUUUCCUCUUUUACGAUAAUGUUUGGUGCAUAUUAAGGUGUAACAGAAAUAAACAAGAGUUCGGAGAGUUUGUUUCAAAGUGCGGAUCAGUUACCAACAUUUCACUGGGCAUCUCAUGUGACGAGAGUGGCGAGUUACGAUUUCUGUGGCAUUGAAUUUUUUUUAUCGUGAUUUGCAUUGUGGCUUGCUCCACACAAUUAUGGCGAAACCUGUGCUGGUGUGACAGUGAAAGAGUUAUCUAUCGAAAAAGUUGCUGUAUGAUUCCGAUUAGCUACGACUAAACACGCACCGUUCGGAUAUGAAAGCUUGACCGUGCGAAAUUGUAUCGUUCUUGCUAAAACUACGUAUUUUCCCCUGAAGUUUGUACCAAACAGCACCGAAACCGUUUGUUCGCGUUGGGAAAGUGUCAAAUCCGGAAGAGUGUGCCGAAGGCGAAAGAAAGGCCCUACCAAUAGUGUGAGUGCUGGGUGCUAUCGCCUUACGGAGAAUCGAUUUCCUGGCAAGAGAGUUUGUUUUGUAUCACGUGAAAGAAUAGUAGCCUGGUCGUGGGAUGUAGAAUGUCAAAAAAUUGACAGAUGGCAGUGAUGGAGAUUGAAAUUUGUGGCUUUUGUUGACAACAGAAAAAAAUCAUCGGUGCUUGUACCUGAUCGCGAGGGCCUACGCGUUAUCGCCUAUAUGAAACUUGCUUUUGUGAUAAGAAGAGUGAAGUGUUUAUUUUUGAUAGCAAACCAGAGUGGAAUCAGUCGUAGAGAAGAGACUAUUUAUCUGUAGAUUGUGUGAUUCAUAACGUAUAGUUUUCGUUUUUCUGGAUGUGCCUGCGAUCAUGGUGAAAGAAAAAAAGGUUUCUGCUCACUGUUACGAUGAGUUCUUCGGUCCAUGAAUAUCCGUGUAGUCUGAAGCUUCGACCAGAAGAUUGUUAGGAUACUUGCGUAUCAGGUGCGUGUGUUCUGGUUUACCGAUUUACUUAGGUCGAAGAGCUGCGACAUGGCUGAGAAAUCGUCCCGGUCAGUUCCGAUUUGCCCUCCGCUACCGAAGGAGCUGGUGGGUGCCGCUCGGAAGCUAUUACCGUCCGUAAAAGUGAACCGGGCCUCGAAAAAUCCACCCACUGUCGAAAAUAGCAACAACAAAAACAGUCUGGUGGCUGUUCAGUGCAGACCCGAUAGUGCGCGUCUGGGGGUGGACGGUGGGUCCGACCGGUUGUCGGUUACGCUGGAGGACAUACUGAAGACGUUCAACGCACCCAUCUCCGAGGAUCAGGCUUGGGCGUUGAUUUAUCAGAGUGCGCGUAUGUUCAAGGCCAAACUGCAGGAGACUGGCUGCCGGUUGCGGGAUUUGCGUCUGCCGGUCGAGACGCGGCAUCUGAAUGUGCACAAGGAUGGCAGCUGCUUCGUGACGGUCGGGGACAAAGACAAAAACUUUUACGUGGCUUCGUCCCAGAAAAAGAUCCUGCUAAAGCUCGGCAUCGUCGUCUACACCGCACUUGACUACAAUCUGCCCUCGAACGAAGACUGUCCCAUGUCGCACCAGCUGGAGGAGCUGAUCGAGUUCAUGACAGCCGACGACAAUGACGAUGAGGGCAUCGAGCAUGAUUCCGAGGAACCGAUCACCGACGAAGACGAGGCUGUUGUGGCAGACCACGAGGGCGACGACGACGGCGACGGGAGCGAUCAUGACCACCAGCAUCAGUGCAAUGGGGGCGAUGGCGGUGGAAUUGGUGCCCGCCGGCCCGGUCAGGGGGCGGACAAACAUCAACACAACGAUAGCAGUAAGAUGAAAUCACGACCCGAAACCAAAGAAUUGGAUCACGUGCUGGCGUUCUGCUCGUCACGGGUGUCCCCCUCCAAGCCGGAAGACCACUACCGGGCCGUAUGCCGUGCGUUGGCCACCGAAACGCUCGAGCUGAGAACGUUCCUACAGCGGGUGUGCCAGGGUGAUGCGGAAGUGCUCCGGUUGAAGGCUCAAGCGGAAACGUCCGGGAAGGAGCUGGAAAAGAUUCACUUCAACGACUGGUCGGACGACUCCAGGAUUUGGCAAGCGUUGCAAGCCCGCUUCUGGAUGCAGGUGGUAGACGAGCUGCGGCGGGGAGUUAGACUGAAAAAGAUCAACUUUUCCCGAACGCCGAUCGAGUACGAGCUGACGCCAUACGAAAUCCUGAUGGAGGACAUCCGGUGCAGAAAGUACAAUCUUCGAAAAGUGAUGGUCGAUGGUGACAUUCCGCCAAAGGUGAAAAAAGAUGCUCAUGCUGUCAUCCUUGAGUUCAUCCGAUCACGACCGCCGCUUCGGAAGGCUUCUGAGCGAAAGCUGGCUCCCCAACCACUGAAACGUGUUGCCUGUCCUCGAGAGCAGCUUCUCGAUUCAAUCCGAAAAGGACGUGUGCUGAAACCGGUGCAUCCCAAGCUGAAAACAAGACGUGUUGCUUCUAUGAUUUCGAUUGUUUUCCCAGAACUACCGUGUCAUCUCAACAAUGUAUUUUUACCAACCACACAAAUAGAUAGCGUAAAGAAAUCAUGUGAUGAAAUAGGAACUAGUAGUAACAACAGUAGUAGCGGCGGCAGCAAUAGUCAUAGCACAACAAACGUAUCAUCAACGCCAGCGCCACCGGUGGCGGCGACUGCGACCGCAUCGGCGACCAAGGGUUCCGGCAGCAGUGCGAAGGCGGCAAAAUCUUCCGUAUCGUCAUCACUCUCAACGAUGUAUUCCAACUCGCCAAGGAACACGCUAAGACUGAUUCCAGUAGAUUUUUCACUGUUUGACGAGGAUGACGAUUUCACAAUCGACACGGCACCGAACGGCGAUUUCACCAGUGGAAGUGCCAGCAGUAGCAGCAGUAGCCAAGCGAAAGCCAAUGGAACCGCGGGCAGCGGUUAUGGUCGUUAUGCAACGCUGGCUGCCGGUAGCAAACGCUACGGCAUCGGAACCAGUGACAUCAGUACAAACCUCAUCAACAAUGAGAACAAUCAGAACAACAUCAACACGGUGCUGAGGCGAACAAAGAAUAUCAUAACACAUGACGAGUACCAUAGGUUCUGUGAUAAAGCACUUGAAACAUACGACUUGGCAACGCAAUGUGAAUCGCGUCGAGCUUCCAUGCGACGGCACACCAUCAUCGGUUGUAAUCAAAACUACAAACUGGACCCACUGAGUAGUCAGUCGAUGCCACCGUCACGACCAGCAUCCCGACAAUCCGACCACGGUCAGAAUCAACCUCAGACGCAACAGCAGCAACCACCACAACAGCAGCAGUCCCGCACCAUCAUCAACGGAAGCAGCCGGCUGGCGGGAGAUCUUGUGAGUAGCAGUAAUGUCUCCUCACUGGACACCUGGACCAAAAACUCACUGGACGAACACCAGUGGAGAGACACCUUCAAUCUGAAUGAUCGACUUUCGCUGACCCUGGAAGAAAUCGUACAUAUCCGUUCGGUUAUGACCAAGGCCGAGCUGGAGGGCCUUCCGGUCGAUGUGCAUAUCAAGGAGGACGUCGAAAAGCGCAAGGUUUGCUUCCUUUGCCUACGCACGCGGUUUACCCUGUUCGCACGAGGCAUCCUAUGCAAACUUUGCCAGCGAACGGUUUGCAACAAAUGUAAUCAGAAGAUGCGGAUACCCACGGAACAUUUUCGAAAUGUCCCGGUAGUGCUGCUUUCACCCUCACUGAUGAGCAGUCCGUGUACUUCGAAUACACCGUCACCGAGCCACCAUGCCCACGGUGGUUCCGGCCCGCACAGUAUGGUGGACGAAUCGUUUCCGCGGUCACUGAUGGAGCGACUGUUGCGGCCCGAAUUAGACCGAAAGAUUCGCAACACAGUCGGCAGUGCUCCAUCGUCACCAAAGAAUCAGCGUUCAGCAUCCAGCACACCGGGUACGAGUUUACAGGGUGAACCGCUGUCGCUUCCCAGUGCUGCAACCACAAACGGUGCCAAAGAUAGUACAACAACCACCCAUGUUCACCAACUCGGCAGUGGCAGUACUGCCGCUAGCCAAAAAAGCUCCCUCAUGUCCCGCAGUAUGGAAGGUCCCAAUAGCUUACCUCCGCAGAGCCCGGCGCGACCUCACUCCAACAAUAGCACACUGGAUCGAAGUAAUUCCAGGACACGGUUCGCUAGGACGUUCACUCUCACGGCAGCGGCGACUGCUGGCCAAAGUACUGCGUUUGAUCCCCAGAAAGAACGGCUGACCGGUGAGCUGAUGGCCGUGUGCAAUGACUGUCGCAGCCUGGUGCUGGAAAUUAUCCGAUCGUCGCGUCAGACACGAUCUUCCGCGCAAAACCAAGCGCUCCGAAAUCUGACGUUGGAUCUUUCGCCCGUCUACAAGCACUGAAGCGGGAAGGAAAGUUCCCAUCCCAAUCUACUACAAGUGAAUAGUGUGCUAAGCCACGUGAAAAGUCGUGCUGUUGUUCUUGUGUUUUGUCUCUAUUUGUGUUUUCAUGGUCUCGGUACACAACUUUCAGGAAGUUGCGCUGCACUUCUCGACAGGUGCUAACGUUUUCGAAUAGUUUCCAUUACCCAAUUUAUGAAAAUCUAAUUUGGAGCCUAAGAACCGAACCAUAAUUGUAAAAAGCGAUUGGAAUCUAUUUAAUUUAUUUAUUGCUUAAUUUAUUGAACGAUCUCUCAUGUUCGGCGCGCGCACAAUCGCCAUUAAUUUUUAAUUUUAAGCGAGUUUGGUUCCUUGAGCGGAAAAAGUGAGCAACGCAUUCGAACAUGCUUUCUCGUAGCGGAAGGCAAACAAGAGACAGAAAGAUCUCUUAGAAUUAAAAAUUUUUUAGGCAGCAAUCUAUAUUUUUGAACGAUUUGAACAUGGUUGAAGUAAACUAUUAAUUAUUUUACGUAUAUUUGGAAACGAAUGCGUUCCUUCGAAUUUGAUUUUUGCCAUCUUAGUUAACUCUUUUUUUUGGAUGAAAAUACUGAAACAAUCAAACAGCUUUCGUUUGUUCCUUUUAUAACAAAAGUCAUUAAAACAAACAACACUCCUAUGCUAAUGUUGAUGAUGCCGACAUUAGUGCGAUUUAUAUUUAUUUGCUAAAAUGGACUCUGUAGGGAUGAAUGUUGAAAGGAGGCGAAAUCAAUAGUAAAAAGUGUAUUAAUUAUAAAUAGCCACGAUUUGUUGAAAUAAUAAAAGGAGAAAAAUAGUAUCCAUGUAGCGGAUUGGGAAUGAGGGAGGAUGACGUAUACAAUUAGAGCGUUUGCAAAGGUCUGAUAUACUUUUGGGCAGUUAGGGAGCACUUCCCAGGUGCUUUUUGACUUUUUCGAAGGCUCGAAAUCGUAGCUUUAUCCAGUCUGUUAUAAGUGGUGCAGUUUUGGUAUGUCAAAGAUAAUUAGCAUCGGACAGGUAUUUUUCUUUGUUACUGUUACAAUUCUAGUUGGAAAUAUUGUGAACAUUUACAGUUUUUUUGUUAAAUAAGAUAAUGAGAAGAGCUACAUUUCCUCCUUUCUACAAAUAAUUCCCACUGAUUGAAUACCGUUUCUGAUAAUGUAUGUAACUAAUUUUACCUGAUCGAUGAAAAGUAACUUCGACUCCACUAAGCACCAGUAAGAAAUAGGUUUGUUGCUAAAAAUCACAUUAAAACAUUUUAAUCUUUACCUAAUAUCUAGCCGUUCGUUCAAUCCAACUACUAGCGGAAUUUACCCGACUUCAAAAUGAUAGAGAAAAAAGAAACUGAAACGAUUUUAGCAACUACUUCAUGCAAGUGUUAGACUAAGAGGGACAAAUAUCAGUUCGACCAAGCAGAGACAGUUCUUGAUAGAAAAAUAAAGUAUAUCCAUUCAGCACUGAUUUGGCUGCGCUGUGUCGAUUCAACCUCUUUCAAAGCUACCCUGUUCCAUGUACCUAUUUAUAUCUAUAACCUCCCAAACAACAACGAUAGACUUUAACCAGAAGGAACACAAUCUCAACACACCUACCUAAUCAGUAAAUUAAUUCCACAAACUCCCACGAAUUCUGUACACACAUGAAUAAAAACAAACUCAAUAGAUACUCAUCGAUCGAUAGUUGCAACCUUCACUUUAGUGUCACUGUCUUUUCAUAGACAAAUUAAGAAAGAAGCUGAACAACACAAACUAAAUUAGUUUAUCACCUCUGCCUAGGUUAAUACCAAUAAUUAAUAAUUUAAAUUGCUAUUGUAAAUAACACAAACUAAUCUAAUUGGAUUCCUUCAAAUAAUCAAUGAAGAGAAAAUCAAACAAUGGUCGCUUUUACACAAAUAAGUCUUAGUUGUUUUUAAUCAGUUAGCUAUAGUUAUAUCGCAUAAUGCUUAAACAAAAUAUUAGUUUUCCUAAUGUUUCAUAGUAACCGACAUACUGAUUCGUGAAUAGUUACAGUUUUAAUUAGAGUAAUACAUAUAUCAAAGAGCUGUUGAAAUGAGAUAAAAUAUAUGAGUACAUACUAA